UUCACCUUAGGCUGUGCACGCUGGAAGAAAUGGAAACUCAGUGAAGCAACGUGGGCAGGGAUAUAUUAAACAAUUAUUUCUUGAAUUUAGUGUUGCUGAAGCUUUUCCCCCUCAUCUUUUGUUCCGCCUGGACUUAAUAAUCCGACGCGUCAACGCGGCUAAAAGAUGGGGAAGGCGCCGAAGAAGAGGAGCCUUGCUGACAAGGUGCGAAAGACCAAAACCUCCUCUGAGAUCAAAAACAACCCGUUUGAGGUGAAAAUCAACAGAAAGAAAUUUGAUGUCCUCGGUAGAAAAAGCAAGCAUGAUGUGGGUCUGCCCGGUGUAUCUCGAUCCAAAGCCGUCAAUAAGAGAAAAGAGACCCUGCUGAAGGAAUACAAACAGAAGAACAGAUGCAGCAAAUUUAUUGACAGACGUUUUGGAGAGUAUGACACCAAGAUGGCACCCGAAGACAAAAUUCUCCAGAGGUUCACGAUGGAGAGACAGCGCGUCCAUGAGAAGAAGGACGUGUACAACCUGAAUGAGGAGGAAGAGCUGACUCAUUACGGCCAGUCUUUGGCUGAAAUGGAGAAAUUCAAUGAUGUUGUGAAUAGCGAUGAUGAAUCAGAAGAAAAGGGUCUAUUGUCUGCUGAGCUCACUGCGUCCCACUUCGGAGGAGGAGGUGGUCUCCUCAGGAAGAAGGCAUUGGGGGAGGAGGAGGAGGGAGGCCAGAGGGCAAAAUCCAGGCAGGAGCUCAUUGAGGAGCUCAUCCAGAAGUCCAAGCAGGAGAAGAGGGAACGCCAGGUGCAGAGAGAGGAGGCCCAGGAGCUGACCGAGAAGCUGGAUCAAGACUGGAAGAACAUACAGUCUCUGAUGGUGAAAAAGACGCCCAAAGCUGACAAACAGGAGGAGAAACCCAAACUGGAGGAAUAUGACAUGAUGGUCAGAGAGCUCGGCUUUGAGAUGAAGGCUCAGCCCUCAGAGAAGAUGAAAACUCCAGAGGAGCUAGCCAAGGAAGAGAGAGAGAAGCUGCAGAAACUCGAGGCUGACCGUCUCAGGAGGAUGAUGGGAGAGGAAGUCGUGGAAGGUGCACAAAGUCAGAUUCACUUCUCUGCUGAUGACCUCAAUGACGGCUUCAUUCUGGAUAAGCAUGACAAGAAGACUCUGGCUUAUCAGGAUGGAAAAUGGAACAUGGGGGAAGAGGAAGGAGAGGAAGAAGAUGAGGCUGAAGAUGAAGAUGAAGAAGGAGAGGGCGAGAGCAGUGAGGAACAGGAAUCGGAUGGAGAGGAGGAUGAAGUUGAGGAAGAAGAAGAAGAGGAGGAGGAAGAAGAAGAGGAGGGAAGUGGUGAAGAUGAUGGCCACUCAGAUCUCGAGUCUGAGCAAGAAAGCGAAAAUGAGGAGGAGGAAGAGGCCAGCCCCAAGCCGAAGAAGACUCUCAGCAAAGAGGAAGUGAAGGCCCAGCAGGAGGCAGCCAAAGCAGAGCUCCCAUACACAUUUGCUGCCCCUGAGAGCUACAACGAUCUGAAGGAUAUGCUACAUGGUCACACCUCUGACAACCAGCGCCUCAUUGUGGCCAGAACUCAAAAGAGCAACCACCCCAGUUUGGCUGUAGGCAAUAAACUCAAACUGCAGAAACUUUUUGGCUUUCUGUUGGAGUACAUCGGAGAGCUGGCCACUAGGAGUCCACCUGAACUUAGCACCAUUGAUAAGCUCAUACCCGAGGUGUACGCUCUGUGCCAGAUGUUUCCAGAUGCAGCCUGUAAGGCUAUGCAGAGCAUCCUCGGAGAUGCCGCUCACAGCAUGGAAGAGACGCUUGAGGUCAAAGGUCACGCAGCUUUCCCUACACUAGACAUGCUCAUCUACCUUAAGGUGACAGCCCUGCUGUUUCCUACCUCAGACUUCAGGCACCCAGUUACAACUCCAGCGCUGCUUUUCAUCAGCCAGGCUCUCACCAAGUGCCCAGUGAGAUCAUUACAGGACCUAACAUCAGGUUUAGUUCUGUGCUCUCUGGGAGUGGAGUAUGUCUCUUUUUCAAAGCGCUUCCUGCCUGAGCUCAUCAACUUCCUGGUUGGGACGCUACACCUGGCAGUGCAGGACAAGGCAUCUUUGGGUUACAUUGUAGUGCCACCCUUCAGAGCAUCAGGAAAAUACAGCGAUCUUUUAGUGCUGUCAUCGUCAGAGUCCUGCAGGAGCUGGAGCAAAAAAAGCCUCCCACUCUCUGCUACUCAGCAGCUGGACCUUGAAAACGACCCUGAUAGAGAUACCCACAGGUUAACGUGUUUGUCUACUUGCCUCGACCUGGUGAAGAGGUGCUGCUUGCUCUACAAAGAUCUCCCCUCCUUCACACACAUCUUUAAGCCAAUCAGAACGCUUCUUUCAAAACAUCUUUCCACCCAAAUAUUACCAGAGCCAUUACAGGAGCUUAGCAGUGAGAUCGUGGAGGCCAUUAGCAGCACGCCUGUGACUCAGAGUGCGCUUGUUUUUGACAAGAGAAAGCCUAUUCCUCUGAAGCUGCUCACGCCCAAGAUUGUUGAAGUGCUGGACUAUGGAAAGAAGCGUGGCAGCACCAGAGAGGAGAGAGAGAAGGAGCGACUAAAGCAUAAAUACAAGAGGGAGUUUAAGGGCGCUCUGAGAGAGAUCAGGAAGGACUCACGCUUCCUGGCCAGAGAGAAGCUCAACGAGGUCAUGAACAGGGAUGCAGAGAGAAAGAGAAAAGUGAAAGAGCUAAUGGGCAGUCUGGCCACCCAGGAGGGAGAGUGGAAAUCCCUGAAGAGGAAGAAGAAGUGAAAUAUUUAAUCUCCACCAGUUCUCCCCAUUGUCUGAUCAUUUUCAAAUGGAUCUCUCCAGUUCAGCUGUGGAUCACCUGUUUAAGGUUGAAAUAUAUGGAAUAUACAGCUGAGAGUUCUCUGUCAUGAUUGCACACCAUGUUAUUACAUAUUCCGAUGUAGGCGUUUGAUGUGACAAUUGGAUACUGCUGUUGGAAGUGUCAGUCCACAAAGGAACAGAGGAGUGAAUAUUUUGCUCGCAUUUUCCCUUUUUUAAAAAACAGAAACCAUCACAACGUUAUGCUGUUGUGUGUGCUGUUAACAGUGGCUAUACUUUUCCAAUAAAGAAGGUCAGGGUUAUUCCCACUAUGAUAAAAAUGUAAAUAAAUUUACAGCACAUGGA